GUUCAAGUAUAUCUGAAAAGUCGCUUCGUCAACGCCGUCAUCCAAUUCGAAAUAUGCGCAAGGCAAGUCUGGGGGUGGGGAGGAGAGUGGCAUUUUCUUCCUUCUUGCCGAAGGGAUACCCAACGACAUAGGAAACCUCAGGAAUCAUCAUGGACUAGAGGAAGGUCGCGAUGAUGUGUUCGGCCAAAGCCACUCACAUGGAAGAAGGCAAGGGCGUUUGAAAGUUGUUCCUGACUCGGCAGUGUUUAUGUUGAUUCCUCUCCCAGUCGUGCACUUGCUGUGAUAUCACAUCAGCCCUCGACUCCUUCUCCCCUAUACGCACUCUCCUUUACCAUGGAACCCUUUGGAAGUGGAGAGGCGCCAGCAAAAAAGGGGUUUGACUAUAGAUUCAUCCGGAGGUAUGUGGGACCAGUCCGAGCCGUCAUUUUCGACUGGGCAGGUACUGUGGUUGAUUGCGGUGUGUUUGGCCCGACGGAAGGGUUCAAGGAACUUUUCGAAGAGGAAGGCGUUCCUAUUUCCGACCAUGAGGCUAGAGAACCCAUGGGUGUGCAUAAGAAGGUGCACAUCGAAAAAAUACUUUCCAUGAAUGGCGUGAAAGAGCGGUGGCGAGCGAAGAAGGGCACUGUGCCUACUUUCCAAGACGUGGAUCGCAUAUAUGAAAAGUUCAUUCCGAAAAACGUCGAGAGCAUUGCCAGGCAGUCCCACGUUAUCCAUGGAGUUCCCCAACUAUUGGGAAGGCUGCGCAGCGAGUUCGGGGUGAAAAUAGGAUCUUGCACUGGUUAUACACAUCCCAUCAUGAACAACCUAAAGGUGAAGCAGGGACCGAUACCUCCAAUCAUGGUGAAGGCGGAAGCUGAAGGAUUCAAGCCAGACGCCAUCGUCAUGUCUGAUGAAGUACCAGAAGGAAGACCCAAGCCAUACAUGAUAUAUCUCAACGCACUAAGGCUGCAAGUUCAACCCAUGGAAGCCAUCAUCAAGGUCGACGAUACAACGGAAGGGAUCAAGGAAGGAUUGGCUGCAGGCUGUUGGACCGUCGGAAUCGCCAAAACGGGAAACUAUGUGGCUGCAUCAGAAGAGGACCUGGAGAAGAUUGACAGCAGAGAAUUAAACCAGAGACUGGAGCGGGCCUAUGGGAUCCUGUAUGGGGCUGGGGCUCAUUUCGUCAUCGACUCUGUCCUGGAUCUUCCCCGCGUCAUCAGAGACAUCAAUGAGAGACUCUCUCAUGGUGACAGACCUUGAACUAAAAUACACGGGAUCCAGUGUAUGCGUCCGUUUCUUCAGCUUUCAUAUCAUCUUCUGUAACUCACACAUGUCCAGGUUUAUAAAGGGAUGAGGCAUU